CAACGUUGGAAGUAGCAGCCAGCUAAUUCCUACGACGUCGACUUCACACCAACCUUCCAUUUUUCACAUUAACAGUGUCACUAAUAUUAACACUCACUACACUCCCAAAACCAAUUAAUUCAAUCUUGCUAGCACCGCCAUUUAUAAAAGCCGCACCCUCCCACUUCAACGAAAACCAGAAACUACCUCGAUCGACACUCCCUUUCCCUCACAACGCAACAUGGAAUAUGGCAAAUUGGGACCCUCCGACCCAGGUGGCUCCUCUCGCCGCUCCACCACUCCUCUCACCAAAUCAGCCUCCACCUCUUCUUCCUCCAAUAAAAAGCUCAUAAUGCUCUCUCUCCUCGCCGUUGUCUUAAUCGUCGCUGCCGCCGUAUCCGCCGCCAUCGUCACCGUAGUCCGCUCCCACGCCUCCGGCAACCAAAAUGGGCCGAACCUCGCCCGUAAACCCACACAGGCAAUUUCCCGAACAUGCAGCAAGACACGUUUCCCAACUCUAUGCAUCAACUCCCUCCUUGACUUCCCUGGCUCCACCACUGCCACGGAACAAGACCUCGUCCACAUCUCAUUCAACAUGACCCUGCGCCAUGUAAGCCGGGCGUUCUUCGCCUCCAGCGGACUCUCCUUCGCCGCCACGGAACCCAAGGUUCGCGCGGCAUACGACGAUUGUCUCGAGCUAUUGGAGGAGUCGAUGGACGCACUUACGCGGUCCCUCGACUCCGUCCUCUCGUCUUCGAUGGUGCCCAGCAGCGGCGAGAUCAGACCCGCUGCUGCUGGUUCUACCGAAGAUGUGAUGACGUGGCUGAGCGCCGCGCUCACUAAUCAGGACACGUGUGCGGAGGGGUUCGACGACACGAGCGGGAGUGUGAAGGGGCAGAUGGCUAAUAACUUGAAGGACUUGUCCGAACUCGUGAGCAAUUGUCUCGCGAUAUUUUCGGCGAGUGGAAGUGGCGAUUUCUCGGGGGUGCCGAUACAGAAUAGGAGAAGAUUAAUGGAAAGAGAAGAAGAUAGUGUUAACGGCGUUAUCACGGAGAAAUUCCCGAGAUGGUUGAAUAAACUAGAUAGGAGACUGCUGAGUUUACCUGUGACGGCGAUUCAGGCAGAUAUAACGGUGUCUAAGAAUGGCGACGGAACAGUGAAGACAAUUGCUGAGGCAAUUAAGAAAGCACCAGAUCAUGGUACUCGCAGGUUCAUCAUUUAUGUGAGGGCAGGAAGGUAUGAGGAGAAUAAUUUAAAGGUGGGGAGAAAGAAAACGAAUGUGAUGUUCAUAGGGGACGGGAAGGGCAAAACUGUAAUUACAGGGAAAAAGAAUGUGAUAGAUGGCAUGACCACUUUCCACACUGCUUCGUUUGCUGCUAGUGGUGCUGGAUUCAUUGCACGAGACAUCACCUUCGAGAACUAUGCUGGACCGUCAAAACACCAAGCCGUGGCCCUCCGCGUCGGAGCUGACCACGCCGUGGUGUACCGGUGCAACAUUGUGGGUUACCAAGACACUUGCUAUGUGCACUCUAACCGUCAAUUUUUCCGUGAAUGUGACAUUUAUGGCACUGUGGACUUCAUAUUCGGCAAUGCUGCCGUGGUUUUCCAAAAGUGCAACAUUUAUUCACGUAAGCCCAUGGCCCAACAGAAGAACACAAUCACGGCCCAAAAUAGGAAAGACCCAAAUCAGAAUACGGGUAUAUCCAUCCACAAUUGUCGGAUCCUACCCGCCCCGGAUCUUGCCCCGGUUAAGGGCAGCAUCCCCACCUAUUUGGGUCGUCCAUGGAAAAUGUACUCUAGAACCGUAUACUUGUUAUCCUACAUGGGUGACCACAUAAGUCCUCGUGGUUGGUUGGAGUGGAAUGGAGACUUUGCUUUGGACACAUUGUAUUAUGGAGAGUACAUGAAUUAUGGGCCGGGAGCAGCCGUGGGCCAACGGGUCAAAUGGCCUGGGUACCGGGUCAUCACGUCGAGGGUCGAGGCAAAUCGGUUCACGGUGGCCCAGUUUAUAUCCGGGUCUGCCUGGUUACCAUCCACCGGAGUGGCCUUCGCGGCCGGGUUAUCCACAUGAAUUACACUGCAAAAUAUCUAGGUAAGUUUGAUGAUAUUGUUGCCAAAUUCCAAACAAGACUACCCAAUUGGGGAAAUGGGAAAUGGCUUCUAUUUUUAGUCUUUGCCAAAACAUAGUAUUUUGGGCCUAAUUUUUAUUUUUAUCAACGAUGCUAGCAAUAAAUGUAAAGUUGUAAACAGGGCUUUACGUAUAAUAGCUCUUGGUAAUUUUUUUUUUCUUAAUUGCCUCAAAAUCAAAGGUGUUAUAGUUGACUCAAGAACUUUUAGUAACAUGUAGUCAUUUUAUUGAUAUAAUUAAAUGAGAAAGGAAGGGUACUACUAUUGGUACAGCAUGUUGAUUGUGAUUC